AUGGCAACCAUCAAACUCAUUUCAGAAUCCUUUGUUAAACCAAAAUACGAAAUCGAAGCCGCUAAACAACCUUACUAUCUAGGACCUGUUGAUCUUGUCUUUUUAUCAAUUGAUCCAAUUCAAAAAGGCCUUCUUUUCUCAUUAUCAUCUUCCCAAACCAGCCUUGCUAAUCUAUUAGAAAAACUCAAACAUUCACUCUCAAUCGCCCUCUUACAUUUCUAUCCGUUAGCUGGUCGUUUUACCACAAAAAAACAACCCGAACAAAACACAAGCUUUGUCUUCGUUGAUUGCAACAAGGGCCCUGGAGCGAGGUUCAUUCAUGCUACCGCCCUCGACCUCACUGUAUAUGAUGUUCUUUCUCCAGUUGAUGUUUCCGUCGCUCAUUCUUUCUUUGAUCUUGGUGAAAAGUAUGUAAAUUAUGAUGGUCAUAUUAAGGCUUUACUAUCGAUCCAGUUAACGGAACUAUUCGAUGGUGUGUUCAUUGGGUUUAGCAUGAGUCAUAGUGUGGUAGAUGGCACCUCUUUUAUUCAUUUUGUUAACAUGUUGUCUGAAAUCUUUAGAUCGAAUGAUUAUGCUAGCGAGAUCACAAAGAUUUCACGUGUGCCGAUAUUUAAUUAUAGGCCUUGGGAUCUCCAAGUCAUUAAAUUUCCGUUUCUUGAUCCGGAAGAGUUUUUAAGUCGUGGGUAUGACCCCGGCCCGUUGAGGGAGAGAAUGUUCGAAUUUUCACCCACUUCGAUGGCGAGACUUAAGUCUAAGGCCAACCAAGAAUGUGGAACCAAUAAUGUUGUUAUAUCUUGUUUUCAAGCUCUAAUCGCGCUUGUAUGGAAGUCUAUCACUCGGGCUCGAGACUUACCACUAGAUCAAAAAACUACUUGCUUCUUGGCUAUUGGUGCCAGGGGCCGACUCGAUCCACCCGUUUCAGAUGACUACUUUGACAAUAUUCUUAGUUAUGACCAAUGGUCUUGUAAAGUGGGGGAGUUAUUUGGUAAUGGACUGGGUUGGGCUGCAAUGAAAGUGCGGGAACUUAUUGUGGCCCACACUGGGAAAGGAAUACUUGACGGAUAUAAGAUGUUUGUAAAUACCCCGAUGGUGAUCCCACGUGGUUCAGACCCGGAUCCUGUAGGAGCGCACGGUGUAAUAAUCGGGGGUUCGGCAAGGUUCGAUAUGUAUGGGGCUGAGUUCGGGUUGGGUCGAGCUUUGGCGGCUCGUAUGGGUUAUGGGAAUAAGGAGGAUGGAAAGAUAACUGCAAAUCAAGGGUGUGAAGGCGGAGGAAGUGUCGAAUUGGAAAUAUGCUUGAGACCUCAUAUCAUGGAUGCCCUUGAAUCCGAUGAAGAGUUCAUAAGUUUUGUGUCAUUGAGUUGA